GUAGGAACCAGACUCCGUAGUGCCCUUCGUGUCCAAGAACGAUCCGUUUAGGACUGAGCCAUCACUGAGGAAAUGGCUGCAACGAGAGAGUGUAUAUUUCUUGGCGUUUUCUUUUUCUCGGUAUUUUGCAUUGUAUCAUGGAAGUUUUCGUUAAUAGGUGUGAAGGACGCAGUGAAGUUAGCUGGACGUGGACUGUUGAUGCUCGGUGUGUUGACUUGGUUGAGUUCCUGCUUCUACCCCAAGCUGAAAUCUUACCUGUGUCCAGCGACUCCACCCCCAGUGACAGGUCCUGCUGAAGAUCCACACAGUAGAUUUUCUAAACAGGAAAAAGCAAGAAAGGAGCAACAGCAUCAACACAGUGCUAAGUCAGAGGAGUACCUUGAGGCAGUAGUGAAGCCCCGACAGGAAGCAGUGCUCAGGAAGAAAGAGGAAGACUUCUAUCGUAUGACAGGACAAAGCUGGAAACUGAGCCAGGGUUUCACUCUAGGAGGGUUAAUGACGCAGGAGGAACAGGUGACACACACUGAUGCGGAUGACGAGACUCCUAACCAGAGGGCUGCAAGGAAGCGAAAGGAGCUAGAGGUUCCGAAUCCGGUUCCUGUCCGAACGCAACUCCCCAAAGAAAAAAAGAUCAUAACUUUACCUGAUGAACCUCCAGAAGAUGCUAAUGGGGUUGUAAAAAUCGCUCUGAGAUUUCCCAGUGGAAGAACAGUCCGGAGAAGGUUUUUAAAAACAUGCAGAUCGACAGUCCUUCUAGACUGGUUGCACAAGUCUGGAUACUCUCCCACUCUGUACGCCUUGUACACGCCUUACCCCAGAUGUCCGCUGCUCACACGAACAGACCUCAGUGUGGAAGAUGUUGGGAUCGUCACACACACCGCUCUUAACGUGGAGGAGAAAGACCCGUCCUAGAGUUAAUGCCAAGGAGUUGGACCCUUAGAGGCACCUGGACCCAUGAAAAUAUUAGAUGGUCUUCAAGCUCCUAAUAAAAGUCCACCCAUCUUUGAUGAAGCUAUUAGACCCAGUUCAACAGAAAACAACACAGAUUGCAGUUACCUCUGGAUACUUUACAUACUUUCUAUAUUUUUUUCUUGCAGCAAAAAUCUAUCAUAACCAGAACCACUUAUAAUAAACCAUAGAAAUCUAUUGACUGAUGAAGGACGGGCAGUGUAACAAUAUGACACUGUGAUAUGCUUUUCUGUACCUUAAUAGCACUGCCUGGAAGUUUGUUAGCAAACCUGCAUCCUUAUCUGAAAGUAUUGAAACAUCAAGGCUGAUUAUUUUUUUUGUUUUUGCUCUACACAACAGACAUUCUUUGUACGAGAUUAAAAGAAAAUGACACUUUGAUUUCAGGUUUCAUUUCCUGUUAUGAACAGGAUGUGGUAAACAACUUAGCAAAAGUAUUUGAAAGCGAGUAACACUCAGAUUUGUUUGCAUGUGCAUUUAACUGCAUCAAGCUGGUGCAAAACCUCACCAGACAGUUUUGUAAUGUUUUUUUGUCUCCCUUGAAACAAUUGCUGAGUUCAAACAAUAGGUGUCAUGCUGUUAGGACAUCUCAACAGAUAAAGACACUAAAGCAGCAAAUCUGUUGAUCUCAGACCCAAAGGCCUUACUGUUUCAAUACUUUUGGUAAGAAUGUGUAAGAUGAUAUUAUAGAACAUAUGAAAUGUUUUGCGAAUGAAAAUGUUUCAUCAUGAAUACACUGCUAUAAGUGCUAGAAGAUUAAAUGUUAAGCGAAAUCCCCACAUCCCUUUAUGCCAUGCCACCUGUAUAGGCCAUCCUGCACACUUGGUGACAAUCUUUUCAGGCAGGUGAUUUUGUAUAACCACUGAUUACAAGAAAUUCAAUAAAAUAUUAAUUCUA